ACCUCUGAUUUCAGCAACCGGCCCGCAACGCGUCGCGUCUAUCGCCCUACAACCCACCGUUUCCAUCUAUAUCUCAUCGAUUUCCAUCUCUUUUCAUCCUACUUGAACUUUAGACAACAUGUCAGGACGCGGCAAAGGUGGUAAGGGUCUCGGAAAGGGUGGCGCCAAGCGUCACCGCAAGAUCUUGCGUGACAACAUCCAGGGUAUCACCAAGCCCGCCAUCCGUCGUCUCGCUCGCCGUGGUGGUGUCAAGCGUAUCUCCGCCAUGAUCUAUGAGGAGACCCGUGGUGUCCUUAAAUCCUUCCUCGAGUCUGUCAUUCGUGAUGCCGUUACCUACACCGAGCACGCCAAGCGUAAGACCGUCACCUCGCUGGACGUGGUCUACGCCCUCAAGCGCCAGGGCCGCACCCUCUACGGUUUCGGUGGCUAAAUGCCCCGCCCUCGAUUUCUUUUUGUUUUGUUCCUCGUCCGACGUGUAAUGGCGGUUGUCGUCACACGACCGAUUCUCGCUGGCUCGAAUGGACGGAGGUGCUGAGCGCUUUACGGUGUGAUACUUGUUUCUCAAUCAAUUUUCUUUUUCAUGGAAUCUGCGUCAUGAUUAUCACUGGGUACGGGGUUUUGGGACGGUCGGUUUUCUUUUUUAUCCUGAAGGAUGGUAUUUUGUCGGGCUUGGUACGGUUUCGGUUGGAGGGAGCAAUGGGUUGAACUUUUAUGUAGACUCAUUGGAAUAACAAUCAAACUACCUAGUAACAUAUA